CGUCAGACCGACAGACACACAUUAUGUCCAAUCAGACUUUGGCUAUUUGGUUGAGCGACAUCCACACUAGCCAAUAGAAUUCUAAUUUCUGAUACCAGCUGCUCAAUCACAGGCCGCUCUAUCCUGGAAGGGGAGGGCCUUGUUCUCCCUCGGCUUUGCCCAGUCCGGAUGUUCCCCAGUAGCGAAUAACGAGCAGCAGUGUGUGAAUGUGGCAACUGAGGUAGACAGGGAGGGGUACAUAGACUGACCAGACCAGGUUUUUUUUGUCUUUUUCUUUCUCUUUCUUUUCUUACCGAGCCAAGUGUUUCCUCUUUACAUGACGCCACGGUUGUAAAGUAGUUUGUAGACGUGAAAGCCCGACCGCCGCUGCCUUUUCUUGGGACUAACCGAUAUCGUUGUGAAAACAGCCCAGAAGAAAGAAGGAAAGGGGGAAACAACAUGGGGCGAUUAUAAAAAAAGGAGGUGUUGUGUUAUGAACCGACGAUGACUCUCUGGGAGGAUCCGUGAAGCUUAUUUAUUUUUAUUUAUUCUCCCUCUUCCCUUUCCCUCGUGUCCCAUUUUUGGUUUAUUUUUGAUUUUUCUCCUCCCUUGCUACUUUGGGAGGUUGGUUUUUUUUUUCAAGGAAAAGGCAACGGGAUACGUUACAAGAGGACCGAAGGAUGGACCAAGCCGGCAUCCUGAGAAAGUUUAUCCAGGGGGUGAAGGCCAUGAGCGAGGGGGACGAGGAGAGGGGAGAGGACAACUUCGGCAGCGACUUUAUGCGGUUACGGAGGUUAUCGACUAAAUACCGGACGGAGAAGAUCUACCCCACCAACGUAGGAGAGAGGGAAGAGAAUGUCAAGAAGAACAGAUAUAAAGAUAUACUGCCAUUUGAUCACAGUAGGGUGAAGCUGACGUUAAAAACAUCCAAUCAGGACACAGAUUAUGUCAAUGCUAACUUCAUCAAGGGUAUGGAUGGCCCAGAGGCCUAUAUUGCAACUCAGGGCCCACUGCCGAACACUGUCAUCGACUUCUGGAGGAUGAACUGGGAGUACAACGUAGCUGUUAUUGUAAUGGCUUGUCGAGAGUUCGAGAUGGGAAGGAAAAAGUGUGAGCGGUAUUUCCCGCUGCUCGGGGAGGAGCCCUUGAGUUUUGGCCCCUUCAGAAUCUCCUGUGAGGCAGAGCAGGCCAGAACAGACUACUUCAUCAGGACUCUGGUGGUGGAGAAUGAAAAUGAGAAUGAAACUCGGAGGAUAACACAGUUCCAUUAUAUGAACUGGCCGGAUCACGACGUCCCCUCAUCGUUUGACUCCAUACUGGAUAUGAUCGGACUAAUGAGAGAAUACCAAGAGAACGACGAUGUUCCUAUAUGUGUGCACUGCAGUGCAGGCUGUGGGAGGACGGGAGCUAUCUGUGCAAUCGACUACACAUGGAACCUCCUCAAAGCUGGGAAAAUACCAGAAGAUUUUAAUGUUUUUCGGUUGAUCCAAGAGAUGAGGACGCAACGACACUCUGCUGUACAGACAAAGGAGCAGUACGAGUUAGUUCAUAAAGCGAUCGCCCAGCUCUUUGAGAAACAGCUGCAGCUACUGGAGAGCCCCACCAACACGCAGAUACACGAUGGCAUGGUUGAGAGCAGUCCAGAUAAAGCAAGCCACCCGUCAGAUGAGGACAGAUGGGACACACCACCUCCGAAACCUCCCCGCAUUCGCAGUUCCCAGGCAGAAGGUGACGUGAAGGAGGAGAUACUCCAGCCCCCGGAGCCUCACCCCGUACCCCCUAUUCUGACCCCGUCCCCCCCUUCAGCCUUCCCCACCGUCACCAACGUACGGCAGGACAACGACCGCUACCACCCCAAACCUGUCAUACACGUCCUGUCUACCACACAGAAUAAGGACACGGACCAGCAGCAGAACCAGUCAGAACCCAGUCCGAACAAACAGACCAGUCCCUCGGAGCAGAAAGACCAAGAUCUACAAAGUCGAAAACAGCAGACUCAGGUCUCAAAUCUAGACCUCAACGACAACUACAACAACAAAUCAACAUCGACAAAAUCAGAAUCGGGCCAAAGCCAGACUCAGACUCCCUCCUCGCCCCUCUCCCCGGCUGUUGAAUGUUCCGGUGCUCCUCGGAUCGAGAGGAAGCUGAGCAUCGAGAUUAAAAAGGUGCCGUUACAGGAAGGACCUCGUAGUUUUGACACUUCCUCCUCCAUGGGAGUAGCAGGCGGAAUCGGCAGCAGCUCAGCCAGUAGCGCGGCAGGACUGCAAAGAGCCCACGCCUUCAAAGCCCGCUCGGGCCAUUCCCUGCUGACGUCUAGCUCUUCGCUGUCGGAGGACUCGGGCACAGAGGGCGGAGCGGGUGGAUGUGGGGAGAGUCAUGCCGACGGAGGCGUCCUCGCCAGACCAAACCACCUCCCUGUGAAGGGCGAGAAGGGGGAGACACAAGGAGGGGAGAAAGCGGAGGUGAAGGCCGGCCAUGUGGCGUGGUCUCAGGCCUGCAACAGCCCGGAGAAACAGUUCCCCAAAACCUCCUCCUCUUCCUCCUCCUCAGACCGCGUCGCUCCAUCCUCCUCCUCUUCCUCCCACCUCUCCUCCUCCUCUUCCUCCUCCUCGUCUACUCCCGUUAGAACUGCCCUGAGCUUCACCAACCCCCUGCACUCGGAUAACUCGGACGAGGAGGGGGACGGAGAAAUGUCUGGGGGAAAGGAGGGUUAUCGUACUAAUGUAUCCACAGCGACGGCCAUGGUAACCGCAUCCCCUCACCAUGGAGACCAGCAGCCGGUCCGGAAGGUGGUGCCCAUGUCGAUCGCGGGGCAGAGCUCUCCGUCACCCACUGCAAACUGCUGGGACAGCGAUGACUCCCCUCCCCCCCUCCCUGCGAGAACCCCUGAGUCCUUCCUGCUGGCCACAGACCCUGUGGAGGUGAAAACGUCAGCCUCAGCUGAAUGGAGUGGCUCAAAUAAAGAUGUGUCAGAGUGUGUUAAGAAGAUGUCUCCAGCUGACCCUGCAUCUGCUGGCACCACAGCGACAGACAGCAAGGCAGACCUGGGUGGGGUUCGGUAACCGCUGCAUUCAGCCCAAAGGCCCUCGGGAACCCCCCCUGGAGUGGACGUGAUGGGACGAUCUAUCUGCCCGUCCACCAACAGUGUCCUCCCUAGUCAGGAGAUGGACUCUACCAAUCUCACCUGGCUGGUCCAAAAACCUAGUUGAUAGAUGCUACACAGACAAACAUCACAAUUUUACAUAGAAACACCUUCUGUGUAACUCUGUGCAACACCUCCUCCUCCUCCUCCUCCUCCUCCUCCUCCUCCUCAGUCCUUCCUUCAAAGUGCCACUGUGCAAAGCAGAAGAACACUUACUGGUCAAGUGGUUUUGUCCACAUUUUCCUGUUCAGCUUGCUGAUAUUAGAGGUUUUCACUUCUCUAGACGCUGACCUGGGAUCAGUCUGGUUAUUUUCCUGUUGAUGGUUAAAGAAUAAUUCCUGUUUAUUUCCUGUUUCUAGUGACUUGAGAGUAGAUUAAAAAAGCUCUUAUUUCUCUCUCUGGCUUCACACACAUCAUGAGAAUGUGUGUGACUAAAUGAAUAGAGGUGUAUGUGGAGCCCUUAGGUGUUAAACAGAAAUUUUCUUUCAUGCCAAAUGAGAAAAAAGUAUUUUUUUUCAUCAUAAAUCAGGAAUUAUCUUUAAUCAGAAAAGCUACUGUGGGAAGCUGAUUCCUAUUCCUGAGGUUUAACUCAACUCCCAGACGGUGUCUGCUUCCUCCUACUGAAUGAACAACAAUCUUCAAAGCGAACCUAGAUAAUCUGUUACCCAUGAUGCAACCUUUUCUGUUGGGUAUGUACAGGUUGCCAGGGUACUCUUUCUCUCUGUCUCUUCCUCUCUCCCUCUUUCUGUGUGCUGGUGCUACAUUACAAAGGACCAGCAUAGAAACACAAGUACUCCAGCUGACUGUUACCUGUUCCUCGCCUCCGUUGUGGUCUCCUGUAGGAUUUACUCCUGUAUUAGCUGCAGUCAUGUCAGCUCCAGUACUUUAUGUGUCUAUGCUGCUGACCUCCCUGUUUACCAGAGUCAUGGAUUGAUAGUUUGGUCAUUGCAGUGGUCAGUAGCAGCCAUAUUGGCUCCAGAGUCCUGCUCUGUGGCUUUUAGAGGGAUAGUUCCACAUUUUUAGUUCCUGCUGUGAGUUAGAUGACAAGUUUUACACCACUCUCGUGUAUGUGGAGCUGAAACCUAAAGACGCUUAGCUUAUUUUAGCUUAGCUUAUCAUAAAGGCUGGAAACAUGUAAAUUGUGGUUUUAAAACUUCAGUGUAUGCACAGAGUAAAUAAAUGUGGCAUAAAUUAAACUGUUUUCUCAUUUAUACUCCAGACCAUGUCCUGAGAAUCAGAUUUGGACAUCGUCCGGAGUUUCUCUUUCACAAAUGUAGCAUACAACAAGAAAUGCUCCAUUUGGUUUAGGCAAUGAGGGGUGCCUGGGUAGGGCGUGCAGGAGGUAGGACAUGACGCAGAUUACACCGCAUUCAAGUAGCCAGUUUGUAAUUUGGUCAUAAACAACAGAUUCUCUUGCUGUUCCUUGAAUUUGUCUGACGACUUCAGCUUUGACCCUUACCAACACAAGUCCCUAAAUCUCAUCACUUCUCCAGUUAGACAUUUUUGUUACCAUCUUCGUAUAAAUUACCCUUCAUCUUAACCUUUGGAUGUUUGUUUUCUUCCGAUUUUGUGCAAUCUGCAUGAUGGAAACAUCAUCAAUGCUCCCACUGUGAAUUCUCCGGACACUUGCCAGCUUCACAAAUAGGCUCAGUCGGACAUUAACACAGACUCUAUACAAGGGAGCUGGCAGUUUAAAGUCCGUUUAAUGUCUGAUCCAACUGAUUCGGACAUUUCUGUUCUCACAUACAGCUCCUCCAGGUAAUGUCUAGAUCAGUGGUUCUCAACUGGUCUGGCCAUGGGGUCCAGAUGUCUCCUUAGUCAUUCGUUCUAGGUCCACAUAGGAUAUAUAUUCAGGGUCAUACUAAUGUUUGGCCAUAUUGUCGAGCUAGUUUGCUGUCUCUGUCCAGUUAGUCACUCACUCUCCAGGAGGACACAGCAUUUCAAUAUACUGUACUUAAAGUGUGUUUUUACAAACUUGUCACAUUCACAAGUCACUUGCGGUCCAGUCAGAAUGGACCCGCGACCCACUUUUGGACUGCGACCCACCAGUUGGGAACCACUGGUCUAGAUAAUUACACGUUUGCAGUACAUGUGUGCUUUUUUAGUGAGUUGCUCAGAUGUGGGUAGGUGGACUUUAGUACCUUUGUACAGAGGCAAGCUUGUUACCCUGUUUCCAGUAUUUAUGCUAAGCUAGGCUAACUAGCUGCAAGCUGUACCUUCAUGUUCAAUAGGUCUUUCGAGAUGUGUUUAUCGCAGAUGUCGACAUUGUGGUGCCAUUAAAAAAAUAUAUUUAUUGUGCAGCUCUACUUUAAACAGAGCUAGGCCAGCUUUUCCCCUUAUCUUCAGCAUUUAUGCUAAGCUAAGCUAACCAGCUGCUAGCUGUACGUUCAUGUUUCCUGUACAGACACGAGAGUGGUGUCACUCUUCUCUUCUAACUCACAGGAAAAAAAGCAAAGAUGCAAAGAAAAUGUUGAAGUGUUCCUUUAGAUAUCUUUUAAUUCAGUGGCAGAGGACAGUAAUCACUACGUUGACAUCAUGUGGCGUUAGAAAACAUAGCUGAAUGCAGAGAAACUGAGAAUAGAGAUUAAGGAGUUCUUAACGUCUUACAUCUGAUUUACAAAUGUUUAACCAAAGAGUGAUGUUCCCUUCUCCAAUAAUUCACAAUAGAAAAGAUCACAAAAGAUUAGUUAGAAAAGUCAGAAAAUAGUUAAAACAUACAACAUUUGAAGCUAAGUUUCCAGGAAGUCUGCUUUUGUCAGUCAUAAUGGGGUUAAAUUGACCUUAAAACAAGCCAUUAAUGACCAAACUGAUCAGCUCUGUGACUCUGGCUCUCACUGCUGGGACCAUGAGCCUGCCUUAGUCCGCCUCUCAGAGAAGACAGCCAAUGACAGUCCUCUUUAAUUGCUCUCUUCAGUUCACUUCUCCGUCUAUCGGUGUAUUUCUGCUUCUCUUGGUCGUUAUCGGGACUCAAUUUUGCUGUUUACUUCUUUUUAUUUUCCUCAGCACUGUCUUGUUUUUGUCUUUCUGUUAUUGUACCCUUUGCUUUUUCUGUUGACAGUCUCCAUUUCCUGUUGGAUGAACAACCAUGCAAGUCAUUUUACUCAGUGUUUCAGAGUAGGAAUGUUAGACAUCACCUGAAACUCCUAUGGGACUUGACAGAUUGAGAAAUAGUCUGGCUUCCCGUAACAACCACAGAUGAGACUUGUGUGGUUUUUCAUGCGACGACCAAAUUUAAAAGAAAUCAUACUGUACCUGCCUCUGUAUGUGUGAGACAAUGAUGAUAGGGACCCAGGACUACUGUUUUCUCCUUAUUGUUCUCUGCUAACUUCUCCUUCAUUAGCUACCAUAACUAUACCGUAUAUGCAUUGUUUUAUAAAGAUAAAAAACUGUACAGGGCAGUUUAGGUAUAUAAUAUUUCAGAUUUUUGUUUUUGUUAUUUUAAAUAUUCUUAUUAACAGAAGAUGUAAGAAAGUCAGUGCAUGAUGAUGAUGAUGAUGAUGAUUCCUCCCCUACACAGUGUUUCCCUUCAAACUGUAAAUUAUUCUGCUGCCCUUUGUUCUUUUUUUUUUUUUUUUGCUUCUGGCAAAUAUUUCAGGGUUGUUUUUAUUUUUAUGUUCGAGUUAUAUGCUUACAAAGAUUGAGAAAUUCUUGUUUUAAUUGGUUGGCAGAGGAAAAGUGUCGACUGCCAGCUGGCCCCCUUUCAGAUAGCUACAACGGGCUUUGAAUAAGAUUGUAAUAAUAAUAUUAAUGACAAUGAUAAUAAUAAUAAUAAUGGUCGUUUUUUGUAAAUGGUAUUUUAAAAGUUAUUUUUGUAUACGCGGUUGUUUGUUGCGUCACAAGUCCACUGCUCAAACCCCCCCCCCAACUCCUCUCUUUGCUUCUCACAUACUCUCCUUUCACCUUCGUCUUUUUAUUUUUUACAUUUAUUAUUUUUUUCCCCACAUGUUUUGAUUUCUUCCUUUCUGUCUCUCGGCUCUUUUAAUGUAGAACAUGCAACAGAGAUGGAUCUCCUGCUCUGGACAAGGAGCAUCUCAUUAUUUUUUGCUUCCUUAGUACUUCCCCUGCUGUUUUCUCUCUUUCAUCCCCCUUGCCUCCCACCCUGUCUCUGCCUUUUUAAUUUUUAAAAGGCUGCCGAUUUCAACAUGUCUGUGUGCCAGCACUUUAAAGGGGACCUAUUAUGCUCAUAUUCGGGUUCAUACUUGUAUGUUGGGUUUCUGCCAGAACAUGUUUACAUGCUUUAAUGUUCAAAAAUCACUUAAUUUUCGUCACACUGUCUGUGCUGGAACACCUCUGUUCACCCUCUGUCUGAAACACUCCGUUUUAGCGCCGGUAUCUUUAAGCCGAGGCUGCUCUGAUUUGUAUUUCUGUUCUGUAUUUCAGUGUCUCUGCGCCUUCAUUGCAGCUGGGGAAUGACUGUAACAGAGAAUAGCAGCACCUCCUGCCGUGAAAAAUCACCAAUAAAAGCUUCUAAACACAACCAGGCAUGUUCCAGCGGGAAUAUGACCUUGACCACCAAGAUUACAUGUUUCCCUGAUGUUAGCAUGUGGCUACAUGUAGCAGUGUAUUUGCAAUUGGGAAAUGACGGUGUACAGUCGCACUUUCACCCAUUAAAAUCAACGAAAAAAAGCUUCUACACACAACUGGACAUGUUCCAGCAGAAAUAUGAUCUCAAAUCAGGAAGAAUUUAAUAACAUCAGCAACUAAGAUUACAAGUUUUUCUGGCGUUAGCAUGUUGCUACACAUACACAUGUAUUUGCAGUCGGGAAAUUACUGUGUAUGUUCGCACUCUCCACUGUUGAAAUCAAUGAAAAAAGCUUCGAAAUACAACUGGAAGUGUUCCAACAGAAAUAUGAUCUAUCAUUGGGAAGAAAUUAACAACAUACACAACCUAGAUUACAAGUUUCCCUGUCGUUAGCAUGUGGCUACAUGUAGCAAUGCAUUUGCAGUGGGGAAAUAAGUGUGUUUAGUUGCAUUUUCUCACAUUAAAUUCAUCAUUAAAAGAUUAUAAACUCAACUUGACAUUUUCCAGCAGGUUUGCCUGACGUUAGCAUGCAGCUACAUGUAGCAGUGUAGGCUACAUCAUGUAGAUACCUGCAUUAGCGAGCUUGAAGCAGAUGACCGUAUAAUAAAAUCCAUCACGAGCGGACGUAGCUUGUCUUGAAAGUAGAAAAAAUCGUUAACAGUAUUCAGAACAGUCUUAAAGCUGAGGUUUUUGCCCACAGUGAUUACUUUAGCAGACGUUUACCUCUUUAUUUAAAACAUUUAAUACAAACAUUGACAUUGUAACUAUAUAUAUGACAGAAGAUGAGGAAAAACAUAACGGGUCCCCUUUAAGUGAUCCAUCUCUAAAUUGUUGGCGGUUGAAAGUAACAAAAUCCGACGUAAACUGACUAUUAGACAUGCUGGGAAAAACUGUCUUUUAAUCGUUAUCAUUUGUUUCUCCAAUACUCCAUUUCUUUCUUUCUGUUUUAUUUACGUGACCCCUUCACAUGCACACUCGCCUCGAUCUCAGAAAAGAGCCCACCUGUGCCUUUAAGUGAGAGCCCGCCCCUCCCCCCCUUUUCCUUCUCUCCUCCAAUCAUCGUUAGCGGCGUGAGCGUGAGCGAUGUGAUUCGCUGCUGCUUGCUCAUUGCCUCCUGUGGGACUCUCGUUCAGCCCGCCCCCUCAGACACACACAUACACACACACACACACACACACACCUUGUGUCCCUCUUUCCACACACACAAACAUAAACACACACAAAAUGUUUGUAUGUUGCAGAAAUCAAUCAGUAAAAAUGAACAUUAAGUAAA